UGUUAGAAAUGAAAGAGAUCACCAUACGAGUCGCAGAAGGUACCGUCCGACUAUUAAAUAUUUGAGUUUCAUGUCCUGAUGACAUGGCUGAGUUUUACGUGGGUUCGCUAAGCCUAUCACUACUUUCUCCUUUAUCCUGGACGAGGACAGGCUCUACAGUGUGAAACAAAGUUCUUAAACCCUAAUAAACCAUGAAUCUCUGCAAAUCAUUUGCACUAAAUUUAUCAUCAUCUCAAUCAACAGUAAGAAGACUAUGUAUAGCUCUUCAAUCAUCUCACCUCUUCUCCACCUCCUCCUCAUCAUCACCAUCGCCAGAAUCCGAAUUGUUAGUUUCUGAAUCCAAGGAUGAUAAUAAUAAUUAUAAGGAAUUUUCUAGGUUUGAAAUUGAUCAUAAACUCCAACCUCAAAAAUAUGUGGGUCAUCUUGAUUGGCCAAAACCUAGUGAAAUACCAUGGCAAUCAAACAAAACUAAUUCUAGUAAUUUGAUUGGUUCAAUUUCUAUGCCUGUUCAAUUCCAAGAUGAAUAUCCUGAUGGAAAAUCCACAGUCAUCGCUAUUCUUUCGCGUGAUUCGGCUCCGCAUCUUCGGAUCCCCAUAAUCUUCAAAGGUUGUCUAGCAGAUAUUGCUGCUGAGCAUUUGAAAGAAAAAGACGUAAUUCAUGUAGCUGGGCAUUUAAGUGGAGAUUCACUUCCACCAAAAUUUGUUAAAGAAUAUGGUCAUUUUGGUAUCCAGGUUAUGGCGCAUAGCAUAAGUUUUAUCAAAGUGCCCUUCCAAGGCAACCAAACGGUCCAAACCUACACAACUUAUACGCAAGGUGGACAAAUUUCUCGCCAGUCAGUUAAUACGUUAAAAGAUACACUUUGGAGAGACUUGUUUGACAACCCAAGUCAGUGGGCUGAUUACAGGAAGGAUAAGCUCAAUGGAUUGUUAAAACCAAAACAUCCCGAUUUCAAGCACAAAGAUAGUGGCCAGCCAUUAUGGAUUAACAGUGCACCAAAAUGGGCCAUUUCAGAACUUCAGAUCACUUCUGGAAAAGGAGAGGAGUCUUCUUUGAGCAGUGCUCAACAACCAAUUGGUUCCGGCUGGAUCAAUUCAAAUAAGAAAUUGGAGUCGACAGAUAGUAGAUCUGGUAAGGCCCCAGACUUCAUUCACAAGGACGCACAUGCGGCAUUGCGGCUUGAUAGCUCGCCAACUAGUGUAUUGGGGAAGUUGCCUCCUCCAAGCAAACCAAAAGAUGAGUCAGAGGAGUCCUGGAAGAAUUUAAUUGAACGUCCAGAUAAAUGGGUGGACAUCAGAUCUGAAAAGGUCAACAUAAAGGAGCCCGACUUUUUACACAAGGACACUGGCCAUUCAUUGUGGCUUAGUAAUGCACCAACUUGGGUACUGCAAAAAUUGUUUCCUCCAAAGCGGUUAUGAAGAUAGCUAGAAAUCCUUAAUGCAGGUUCAUUGCAGCCUCUUCUUGUUCUAAUACGAGUUGGCUGAUCAUUAAUCUGCUGGCAAAUUGGCGAUGAUACAUAGCACAGUCUAACUAAACUAAACAAUAUGUAGAUUUGUACAGCUUAUCAAGGAUGAAAGGGUAUACAUAAAAGACCAACCAAGAAGAUGUCAGAAUUCUCAAAGCAGCAGUGUUUGGUUCUUCUCUGUUCGACCUCCAUUACAGCUAAGAGUUGAUGUUCCAGUUUUUUGUUUUGCAUGCACCUGCAAAAGAUCGAUUGUUGGUGCCUACCUAGUUGGGAGCAAUCACAAUAUUGUGCUUAUGGGGAUAUCGCAGUCGUUGGGUUUUUCAUUACCUAUUGUGCUGGACCUGCUAGGUCUGUUAAGAUUUCAGCAUUAAUUGCUUUUUUUCUCCUUUAUUAGCAAAAAGUUCUUUUUGUUACGUGCCUACGACCCAUGGAUGUGCGGUCCAACUAGAUUCCUAGGAUUGUAUAUAAAGGAAACUAUGUAAUGCUUCUAUUCUAAUCUCCUCAUAAGAUUGUUCUU